UGUGUGAGUACUCGCCUAUCUGUAUAGAAGGAAAACGGGAGAGGGUUUCGGUGGAGACUGCAAGUAACGGGGUGGCUUAUACUUGAAAUUCUCGCUGUUUUUUCCACCUCCUGGCUCCGGCGACAGCUCGAACGCUCUGAUGGAGGGGGAAAGAUCCGGCGGGGUGGCGGGCGGAACGAAUCAAAGCCCUGCAGGAAGCGGAUCGGGGCGCAAUCCGAACGGCCCGAAGGCUGUGAUCGGUCCCGCUCCCACCGCAGCAGCCUCCGCAGCAGCCGGGGCGAUGUCUGGAUACUCCCAGCCACGGGAUCCACAGGACGGGGAAGCGGGCCUCUCGCUGCCCGGGAUCUUACACUUUAUCCAGUAUGAAUGGAGUCGCUUCCAUGCCGAGAAAUACCGUUGGGAAGCCGAACGAGACGAGCUGAGGGCUCAGGUGGCAUUUCUGCAGGGCGAGAGGAAAGGUCAGGAAAACAUGAAGCAGGAUCUGGUUCGACGAAUCAAGAUGCUGGAAUACGCGCUGAAACAGGAGAGGGCCAAACAUCAGAAGCUAAAAAGCGGCACUGACCAGAGUCUUGGAGAGAAGAAACCAGAGACAGAGGCUGAACCACUACCCAAUGGGCCUGCAGAUUCAGACUCUGAGCCAACCAAUCAGAUGCCUUGGAAAGAAGGGCGUCAAUUAUUGCGCAAGUACCUGGAAGAGGUGGGUUACUCUGACACCAUCCUGGACAUGCGCUCCAAACGUGUUCGUUCCCUGCUGGGACGCAACAGCCCAGAGGCUAAUGGACCUCCUCCCAGUGAACCGCCUGCAGAACCAGAACCACCCCACAGUGGAGGAGAAUCACUACUAGUACGCCAGAUAGAAGAACAGAUCAAACGGCGUGCUGGGAAAGAGAGUUCUAAAGAACGGAUGGGUAGCUCUGUGCUAGAUAAAAUUCCCUUCCUCCGUGGCUGUGAGGACGAUGAUGAGGAUGACAGUGAUGAAGAGGAAGAUUUCCAGGGCAUGACUACAGAUUGCAUCGAUGGACACCGCAAAAACAAGAAGUCCAGGGGCAAGAUGGGUGGAGAGCCAAUGACCACAGAUCUUGACCCUGAGGAUGACGACGAUGAAGACGACUCGGAGGACGCUCUGGGCGAGUUUGAUUUCUUGGGCUCGGGAGAGGAGGGAGAAGGGGCGGGAGAGGCCCGUAUCUCUGGAGACGGACGGGAAUUGGGUUCAGAGAACCGCCGGAACAAGUUGCAGGGCAUAAUGUCGGAUUUCCCUCCCAAACCCACUUCACCGACUUCUAUACCAGGCCAGGCGCGCUCCAGUGAGGGGGGCGCACUAGGCUUCUCGUCUGACGUCUUCAUACUAGAUGCAGUUGGAGGAGGGGAUAUGAACCUUGGAGAGCUGGCUGACCUUACUGUUGCCAAUGACAAUGACCUCACCAUUGACUUGCAGGAAAGUCGCGAGGAGUUCAAGAAGACGUGGAACCCUCGCUUCACACUGCGAAGCCACUUUGACGCCAUCCGAGCGUUGACCUUUCACCCCAAUCAGGCCGUGCUGCUGACUGCCUCUGAGGACGGGACGCUCAAGCUGUGGAACCUUAACAAGGCCAUGCACUCCAAAAAAAAUGCAGCGCUGGACGUUGAGCCCAUUUAUACAUUCAGAGCACAUAGUGGUGCUGUUCUGUCUCUGGCCAUGGGGAUGGAAGGGGAGUCGUGCUUUAGCGGUGGUCUGGAUGGAACUGUGCGUGGCUGGAAGAUUCCAGAUCUUAAUGUGGAUCCCUACGACAACUAUGAUCCGGGUGUAGAGAGCAGUGCGCUGUCCGGUCACGAGGAUGCAGUGUGGGGUUUGGCUUACUCCUCCAGCCUGAAGCGUUUGGCCUCGUGCUCAGCCGAUGGCACUGUGCGGAUCUGGGACCCCCACAGUUCCUCACCAUGUGUCUCUGUCUUCAACAAGGAGAAAGAACACGGCACUCCCACCUCAGUUGCCUUUGUAAACACUGACCCGUCUCAGGUCGUGGUGUCCUUUGAUGGGGGCGAGACUCUGCUUUAUGACCUCAACACAGAGCAAAGCAUCAUAGUCCUGGAGACCCAGGCUAAGGAUGGCAGUGAAUUGAUUAACCGUGUGGUCAGCCAUCCGUUACAACCGAUUUCCAUAACAGCCCACGAGAAUCGCACCAUCCGCUUCCUGGACAACAAAACAGGGAAAGUGAUUCAUUCCAUGGUAGCUCACCUGGAUGCUGUAACCUGUCUCACCACAGACCCUAAAGGCACUUACCUCAUCUCUGGCAGUCAUGACUGCUCUGUGCGCUUAUGGAUGCUGGACAAUCGCACGUGUGUGCAGGAGAUCACGGCACACAGAAAGAAACAUGAUGAGGCCAUCCAUGACGUGGCCUUCCACCCCUCGCAGCCCUUCAUCGCCAGCGCUGGGGCUGAUGCACUUGCCAAGAUCUUCAUCUGAUUUCCUCACCGGGGAGCCACCCUCACUACUGGGCCAAAAGAGGGAAACACCGAAUAUCCAACAAUGUGCACACACACACACUCACACUAACUCUGAAAGGAACACGUCAUUUCCUGUGUAAAAGGCACAGAACUCAAUAACCUAUAAUCCUUUUAUCAAUGCCUCACACAUUGUGAUAUGAAUUGUACUGCUUUUAAUACUAAUCAUUUUGCUGCUCUUGUCCUGAUUUCAUUGUUAGACAACACUACUAAAUCAAAUUUCUUAUUUUUUUUAACUCUGCACAGUGUGGAGAGGUAGAUGUCCACUCUGUUGACAGAUGGACACAGGCAAACACACACACCUUAACACAACACACACCCUAGAGUUUAAUUUCAUGCAUGGUUUAGGUUGAGGAUUUGAAGGCUCUCGGUUUAUCAAGACAUUACCUAAGCCUGCACAUUUUCUUAAUGUAAAUUGCAUUAGCCCUAAUCUGUGAAUUAAUGUCCUCGCGUAACUGUUGCCUAGUAACGUGGGGCAUUUGAUGCAUUUCAUUCCAAAGACUGCUUUAGACGAGUUUCUUUAUUUAGCAUUUGCAUUUUAGCUGCGAAGUAAAACAGCUUUACCUUUAGCCUCACAGCUAAGAGCCUUAGCAUUUCAUAAUCACUUUCUUGCAUUUCAUUUGUAUAUCAUGAACUAAAACAAAACACAUGAACCUGCAUGUGUGCAUUUGUGACGGUGUCCGCACAAACCUUUUUUAUUCACUGUCAUCGUUCAAACCCGGUCAGGUGGCGUUGUCCAUAAUACUUAACUGACUGUCAAGUAGUGUAUUUAUUCUAGUGUUUGGUCGAAAGAACUUUUCUGGAAGAUCUUCAGUUGGGAGCACAAGAGUUCAAACUCUUUCUGUAUAUAAACAGAAUGUGCUGUACAUAGCACACUGUAUCACAAUCUUGGUGCUAAGAUCUCCUCUGAAUCAGGGACCUGUUCAUGUUGCGGGUCAAAAAGCAUUGAAUCUCAGUUGACGCCUGCCGUUCCUCUGAGUCAUCGGUUCUUUGGCACUUCAGAGUUAUAGCCAAUGUGUCAAGAGUUUCAGAAUUCUGAAGUGGUUUUGUCAGGGUAUUUUUAAAGACGAUAAAUUCCAACAAAGCAGAUGAUCUCUUGAGGAUCUUUGGUUGCCGCCAAAGAAAAUUGCAACUAAUUACAAAUUCCAGUGUUUUUACAAAUCGUAUGACAAAUUCCAGUGUACAGCUGUAUUGUAAAAUCAGUAUCCUGUAACUGCAGAGCUCUUGGAUGUCUAUUAUCUCAAGACCUUAGUCUUUCCUCUUUUGCUAAGAAGUGGACUAUGAGUGAUCCAGGAAUUUGAAAGGUGUAUAGUGUGAGGUUUGUCUCGGUUGAGGGUUUUCUGGGUGAACUGGCUAAAAGCAAAGCUCCAUUGGGCACUUUGAGUGAAGAAAAAGACAGUGCCCCCAGCUUUCUGUUGAUUAACCAAGGGAUGCAGGCACAAUACCGAAACUGGAGGGAUACAAAUUGGAAAAGUCCAUUUGAUGCUACUUAUGGCUUUAGCCAAGGCGAGAUGGAAGGUGAUAUAGGGUAUUCUGAGUAAAAUGGCUCGAAACAAAGGUCAGAUGGGCUAUUUAAAUACAGAGAAAGUAGUGCUCCCAGCCUUCUGUUGACUAACAGAGGAAUCAAGAUGUAACACUGGAAACCGGAGGGGUACGACUUUGAAAAGUCUGUUGGAUUCGCCUUGUGGCUUGUGCCAAGGCAAGAUGGAUGAUUCAGGGUAUUUGGGGUAAAAUGGCUUCAACAAAGCUCAGAUAAGUGAAAAUAAAAGCAGUGCGGCUUGCUUUCUGUAGACUAUUCAAAGGAUCAAGAUGCAACAUUGAAACUGGAGGGAGAUGAUUUCCAAAGUCUGCUUGAUGGACCUUGGGGCUUUAGUCAAGGUGCAAUGGAAGGUGAGUUGGAGCCAGAUCUGAUGUUCAGUUCCCUUGAUUCCAACCCUGAAUUCUAGAGAGCAAAGGUCACAUCACAUUUUCAGGUUUCCGUUCUGCAAGGUUUAUUUUUGUCUUUUACUGGUUUUCUGUGGUUGUAGAUGGAUUGCCAGAAGGCAGGUCAGAAUUGGUGGAAAGACUGAUGGUUCAAGGGCCAUAAAAUCACUCAAGCAUAAUGGAGACAUUUCAGUUCUUAACGAGACCACCUCCACCUAGAGUCGCCCCAUCCAACACGGAAAAUGAGCCUUUCCACUUGGGGCGUGUGGUGUCUAGUGAGAAAAUCAGGUUCGAUUUGCAAGUUUGUAAAUCUACAAAACCUCUCAGAGUGGUUUAAAGCAAUAGUUCACCAUGAAAUAAUAAUGCAACAUUUCACUUUUGGGUGAACUAUUCCUUUAAUUGGACAUGGGUAUGUCUUUUGUUUUCCUUGUACAAUACUGAGAACACAUGUUCAUUUUGGGGUACUCACCCAGUCAAUGAAUGUCACACAUAACCAUUCAGUAGAAUAACAUAAUCCUUUGCUGCUUACCUCUUUUCCUGUUAACUUCGCACCGCACACUAACGGUUAGCUUUAUGCUACACUGCAUCCAUUUAUUGCUGCAUCGUUACGUUCUCUUCCAAAGACUGCCGAUUGCAUGGGUGUUUAGAUGAGUCCUGCUGUCUCUUUUGUACACCAGUUUUUCCACACCUCUGAUGCAGUAUGAGUCUUUAAACUAUGACAAAACACAUUCCUUACUGAGAGAGGACGAAUCGGUGUAAAAAGAACGAAACCGAACGUUUAUAUGUUUGACAAUCUGCCAAUGCAAAAUGUAUGUUUCCCAUUUUUUCACUUAUUUGCUUUUCUUUACUAGACAUAUUAUCAUUUUGAUUACUAGGAAUAAGGUGUAAGAAGACAGUAGUACCUUUUUUGCUAGGCUUAAGGCUUGCUUGUGAUUUGUGAAAAAGCCUAAAAAAACAGAAAAUCAUAUGGAAAUUUUAAGGAAAAAAUUGUCAGUCCACAGCCAAGGUAAAAGGACUUUUUGUUAUGUGUUUUUAUUUUUUAAUAGCAAUUUAUCACUGUGUGAUAUUUUGUACAUCAUAUUAAGCUGUAUUAAAACAAUAUCCUCUAACUACAAGGGAUAAAACGACCAGCCUUUUAUUUAUUUUGUUUUAUUAUACAUAUAUUUGAACGGCUUUCUAGCUCCUAUCAGAUUACAUCUUUUCCUUAUUCUUGUUUUUUUUUUUUUUUUUUUUUUUUACUUUGCAGGUCUUGUUGUAUGUCAUGAAAAACAAAAAACGACUUAAUAAAAACAUGGUUUUGUACAGACAUUUAAUUCUUGUCUCAUCCCAA